UAGUAAGUCUUUUCUGUGAACAUUUAUGAGAUGAAGAUGCGAGGCGCAAUGCAAUUGCCGUUCGUCGCUUUGCUUGUGCUCACCGCGACCCACGCCGCAUCGACUGAUAUUCCGAAAGGUGCUUUGGAAGAGUCGAUUCUUCGUGUCAGAAGUCUGCCGGCGACCAACAAUCUCAUCGAGAAGAAUUGGACCAGUCUGUCGGACACGCUGGACAUUUUCAGUGCGCGUAAUUUAGUAAGAAAUUGGGCCGAGGGUAAGCAUGCCGUUGGUGCGCAAUGUGGCAAGGACAUCACGACGUACGUCGAGGCUCUGAAGAAUCAGGAACUGUGGGCUCUAAAAACGGACGAUGCGUCGGGUAGAUACACCAAUGGCUUCUUCUGGGGCAAUUCGUACUUCACGGGCUCAGCCACCGAGUGUGACUACAUUGGACAAGAGUACUUCAGGAAGAAUCCGGAUACGCUGCCGCUCGACUCGUCGAUCGAGGAGCUGCGUGAAUUCAACGCAGAGCCGCGCAAAAAGGUCAACACGGGCGGCAGCGGCAGCGGUUUAUUGGAAACCUUGUCCUUUGACGACAGACCGCCUUAUCGUCUAGGUUUCUAUAUGAUGCGACUUUCUCUGAACGCAUCACGAUACACUUCAACAAGAGUGAUCCAUCUAGGUGUCUGUCUGCCGUUCUCGUGCACCGCUUCCGACUUCGCCGUGAUCAGCAAGCUGGCCGCGAGCGAUUUCGUCGUGAGACACUCGACGAUUGAGAGAGUCCGGGACCAGCAUAACCUAUACGACAUGUACGCCGACCCGGUCUUUUGGAUCCUCUUUGGCGUCAGCGCGGUGGUACUGGUACUGAUGAUCUUCGGCACGGGAUACGACUACUACCUAUCGAGGAAGUUCCACAGGAAUAACGUGAUCUACGACCUGGAGAAGCAUGGAAAACUCGAUCAACUCGCCAACGGCAACCAGAAAACGCUAAAUGCUUUUCAAGGUACGGUCUACCUUCCUGUUCCAGUGGCAGACCCUAGCAUCAACGGUGUGCAGCCGAUUAAUAAUAACAACGACCACGAGAGUGGCUUGCAGUCGUCCACUGUGGAAGAACAUCAACUCAAUGUUUGCCAAGAGCUCCUACUCUCGUUCUCCGUUCGAGCUAACGUAAGGACCAUCUGCGAUCGUAAUGUGGGCGGAGACACUAUUAGCACGAUACACGGGCUUAGGGCGAUUUCGAUGGCCUGGGUGAUACUCGGGCACACAUGCAUAGUCGUCUUCAAGUACUCGGACAACAUGGAAUACCGCAGGGUGGUGGAGAAGAGGUUCCUCUUCCAGACCAUCACGAACGGUGCGUUCAGCGUCGACACCUUCUUCUUCAUGGGCGGCUUGCUCGUGAGCUUCCUGUAUUUCCGUACCAACGCCAAGGGAGAUCUGAAGAGGCUCACGCAAGGCACGCGCGGCUUCGUCGCAGGCACCCUCAAGUUCAUCGGGCUCCUUCUGUAUAGAUUCAGCAGACUCACCGCGCCGUACAUGUUUGUGUUAGGCGUGGUCGAGGUCUCGAUGAAGUACUUCCAUGCAAACUCUAUCUUCGAGCCUCCCACGGCGGAUCACUACAAUUGCCCCAAUUAUUGGUGGAGAAAUUUACUCUAUAUCAACACUUGGUUCCCCGUUGAGCAAAUGUGCAUGCUUUGGAGUUGGUACGUGGCGGACGACACGCAGUUUUACAUUGUGGGUGGCGUCAUAUUGGUGCUCGCUACGAAUCAUUUCAAGAUCGCGGCUUUCGCAUUGGUCAGUCUAUUGGUGAGCUCAUGGGCAACCACCGGCUAUAUCGCCUUAGUCAACAAUCACAUGCCGAGUUCAGACGAUCCGCUGGCUCUCUUCGACAAGAUCUACGACAAGCCGUGGACAAGGCUGGGCCCUUACCUGAUUGGAAUGUCCGUUGGCUACUUUCUCUUUAAGAUCGAUUGCAAAGUGAAAAUGUCUAAGACUACCGUCGUUGUGGGCUGGCUUCUGUCCUGCGCGUGUCUCCUGAGUUUGCUCUACGGUCUGUACGAGGCGGAACUUACACCAGCCACAGCCGCUGCUUACUCCUCGUUAAGUCAUAGCGCGUGGGCAUUAGGUUUGUCGUGGAUCGUAAUAGCGUGCAGUACCGGUUACGGAGGAUAUGUAAAUAAGAUACUAUCGGAGCCGCUACUGUAUCCAUUCAGCAGAGUGACCUAUUGCGCUUACUUGGUUCAUCCACUUGUCAUACGUUUGACUGCUAUGAAUCUGGAUUCUCCGUUUCAUUUGGGGAAGGAUUUAGUGUUGAUAACAUUCCUGGGACAAUUAGUGUUGUCUUACGCAUUGUCCUUCGUAAUAUCAAUCUCUUUUGAAGCACCAGUUGUCAGCAUGCUGAAAAUUCUCUCACCGAAGAAGCGGAAACGUAUACAAUAGAGAUUAGAUUAUACAUUUGACGCACACACCGAACACUCGGUUAUUUAUACACUUUAUAUUUACACAUUAUAUAUAUAUACACACACACAUUUUAUAUAUAUAUAAAUAUAUAUAAAUAUAUAAAUAUAUAUAUAUAUAUAUAUAUAAAUAUAUAUAAAUAUAUA